AGAACCUCAGCCACCGGUGACAAAUUUGAGUGUUUCUGUUGAAAACCUCUGCACAGUAAUAUGGACAUGGAAUCCUCCUGAAGGAGCCAGCCCGAAUUGUAGUCUAUGGUAUUUUAGUCAUUUUGGCAACAAGCAGGAUAAGAAAAUUGCUCCAGAAACUCAUCGUUCGAAAGAAGUGCCCCUGAAUGAGAGGAUUUGCCUGCAAGUGGGGACCCAGUGUAGCACCAAUGAAAGUGACAAUCCUAGCAUGUUGGUUGAAAAGUGCAUCUCGCCCCCUGAAGGUGAUCCUGAGUCAGCUGUGACUGAGCUACAAUGCAUUUGGCACAACCUGAGCUACAUGAAGUGCACUUGGCUCCCUGGAAGGAAUACAAGUCCUGAUACUAACUAUAUUCUCUAUUACUGGCACAGCAGCCUGGGGAAAAUUCUUCAGUGUGAAAACAUCUAUAGAGAAGGUCAACACAUUAGUUGUUCUUUUACUCUGACUAAAGUGAAGGAUUCCGGUUUUGACCAGCACAGUGUUCAAGUGAUGGUCAAGGAUAAUGCAGGAAAAAUUAGACCAUCCUUCAAUAUAGUGCCUUUAACUUCUCGUGUGCAACCUGAUCCUCCACAUAUUAAAAGGCUCUUCUUCCAACAUGGUGACUUAUAUGUGCUAGGCAAGAACCCACAGAAUUUUGGUAGCAAUUGUUUAUCUUAUCAAGUAGAAGUCAAUAACAGCCAAACUGAAAUGCAUUAUAUCUUAUCCGUUGAAGAACCCAUAUGUGAUAAUUCAGAAUUUGAGAGGAACGUAGAGGGUACAAUUUGUUUCCGGGUUCCUGGUGUUCUUCCUGAUACUUUGAACACAGUCAGAAUGAGAGUCAAAACAAAUAAGUUAUGCUACGAAGAUAACAAACUCUGGAGUAAUUGGAGUCCAGCGAUGAGUAUAGGUAAGAAGACCAAUCCCAUACUCUACAUCACCAUGUUACUCAUCAUUCCCAUCAUUGUUGCAGGUGCCAUCAUAGUCCUUCUGCUUUAUCUAAAAAGGCUCAAGAUCAUUAUAUUCCCUCCAAUUCCUGAUCCUGGAAAGAUUUUUAAAGAAAUGUUUGGAGACCAAAAUGAUGAUACCUUGCACUGGAAGAAGUAUGACAUCUAUGAGAAGCAAACCAAAGAAGAAACAGAUUCUGUCGUGCUGAUAGAAAACCUAAAGAGAACCCCUCAGUAAUAGGGAUAAUUUAUUUUAACCUUCAAUGUACCCUUGUGAAGAUUCAUCCCAUUCUGCAUUUGUUACCUGGGAACUUGUUAAAUGGAAACUGAAACUACAGAAUUACCGGACCGUUUAAAAAUAGGCAGCUCAUAAGAGCCACAGGUUUUUUAUGUUGAGUCAUGCACCGAAAAACUAAAAAUAAUGUGCCCUUUGGAGAAGAGAGUGGAAGUUCUCAUGGAAUUAUAAAAGCAGGCAUCUUUUGUGAAGGUUUCAAACUAGGGGACAAAGCAAAGAGUGAUGAUGACAGUAGAGUCAAUCUUAUCAAGAGCUGUGAUGACUUCCUGAGGGAUCUAUGCCUGCUUUGUAUUCUUUGUGUCAAACAAUACCAACAAAUUUUAUUUGUGGAGGAACUCAUUUUUGGGUGCAAAUGCCCAACUUGAAUCACUGAGACCAUCUAGCAAACAAAAGUGAGGAAAAUCUGUUAUCUCUUGUUUGGGAUCCCAUUAAAUAAUAUUUGUGGCUAUUAAAACGUAAGGGUCCGGAAUCAUCAUCCCUUCAGCGGCAUUUCCCUCUACUUUGAAAGGCAUUGUUGGCCACCAUGAUGACAGCUACAGAAAAAGCAGUGGCAGCUUCUUUACCAAGACCUUUCAAAGCCAUUCCAGGCUUUUAAGGACAGCAGAGACAGAAUGAUUUAUUGGGUAUUAGAGUUUGAACCACUGUAUUCUCUAAUGACAUAUUGUUUUUUCUUCACCUCUACUACUCAAAUCAAGUAUUUACUUUGUGUCCAGAUUGUGCUAGGCCCCCAGCUGUGAGGCACCUCCCUCAAAGGGUUGACAAUCUGGUUGGAACUCCUCAGUUCUUACCACUUCCUUUUUCUCCACCAAUCAUUUUUCAGACCUUUCAAUUCCCCAGUUCCCACACCUAAUUUCCCCUUUUGCAUUUUCCCUCAUUGUAGUCUUUCACCUUUCAAUAGAAUAUCUGCUCAGAACACUUAGAGGAGCAGGGAGUGAUUUGUAUCUCAGGUAAAGUGUGAGUUGACUGAGAAACAAUGAUAAGUUCUUGCAUAUUUUGUAACUUCUGUGUGAGUCUGCAUUUAUUUGAAGGUUUUCAGCAUUUACUAGUUCUCUACAUAUUUUCUAAACAAAUGAGAUAUUAUCUUCACUUAGAACUUUGUUAUUUGCUUGAUAAAAAGAAUAGUUUUGUUUUCCUCUUUUCCCUUACUGUCACAAGUAGUUAUUAGG